AUGUCUAGGCUGAUGAGCGCGGUUUUCCAACCACUACGGUUUAUGACGAACACUUUAAAAACAUUUGGGCAAUGUUCGCCAAAUACUAGUUUAGUUAAGCCUGAAUAUCCUUUAUUAGCUUCUAUAAGGACUAAAGUUCGCUGUUAUUUCCCACGACCAAAUGAAGUUAGACGAGUGAGGCGUCAUGGCUGGAAUACUAGGAUAUCUACCCCAAAUGGAAGGAGAGUUAUUAUGAGACGACUAUUAAAAGGGAGAUUUGUUUUAACCCAUUGA